UGAGAUUUGGCAGGAACAUAACAAGCUUUAUAAAGAUCGUUGUACCUUUGAAUGUCAAGGUUGUAGAUCUUCAUUAGACGCUGUUGUUUGGUCUUGAACCUGCUUUGGAAAUAGCCCUGGAAGGUGGGUUCUGUUGAUGUCCUUAGGAAGAACAUGUAUGCCAAAGAGAAAGUAAGCCUCAUGGGCUCUAUCACAUCCCAGUCCAGUUCCAGAAAGUAGAGUAUUACUCCCUUCACCACCACUUAGUGUUUCCUGCACCUCCCCAAUUGUUUUUAUUUCCAAAACUAACCCUAUGUACAUAUUUAUUUUUUACUUUCACCUAUUUUAAUCUAAAACCCUGAUCUCUUUCCUAUUCCCUUUUUCACUAACGCAGUACCUCCACACCCUGACAUAACCUUUCAUUUCUCCCUUUCACUGUCUUCUUCCUUUCUUCCUUUCUUCUUCUUACCUCUCUUAUUUUUUAUUUCCGUUUCCUCCUCCAUCCAUUGUCACUGACUCAUGUGAUAGAUCUGAUGAUCAAGGUUUGUUUAUGGAGUACAACAUUGUCGAUGUUAACCAGGAUGUGAAGGAUGAAACUGAAGAAGAUGAAGAGUUCCGGGGAAGUGGCUCGAUGAUUGGCUCUGAAGGGGUUUCCGAGCUCGACUCAAUUUCUAGUUCUGCUGGUGAGCUCCAAGGGGAAGAACUCAAAGAAGUUAAACCAUAGCUGAUGGAAGCAGGGACACAUAUCGUUCCUGAUGUUACUGAGGCACAAGCUGAAGAAUCCGAGAAACCUGUAACAGGACAGGUAGCUGUGUUGGAAGUUGAUAAUGUAUUUUUCGGUAUUCAGUUGAUAAUGUAGUCCUCAAAUCUCUAUUGUGAUAUGCUGUGAGCGCUGGAACAAGGGUAAAAAAUUAAGGUUUUUAAUUAAAAGUAUAAAAAGUGAUAGGUAAAAGUAAAAAAAAAAAAAAAUAAUCUAAGGAUAUUUUUGGAAAAACAAAGUUGGGAGGUGCAUGAAGAAAGCUGUGGUGGUGGAGGGAGCAUCUCUCCUUGUAUAGAAGAUAAGUGAGGGCCCGGCCCAUGUUGGAAGAAGUUACAGAUAGAGAGUGAGAUGAAUGGUGGCAUUAGGUGGCCUUUUGGUGAGUGUGAGAGUCAUUGGAUUCUUUUUCUUAACGGUAAACAAAGCAACACAACCUCCAUACAAUUCAACAAACAAAAGCAAGGCCAAUUCUCACAACAAACCCACACAUCCAAUUCCUUUAACGUUACUGAACAGUAGUGAGUGUGACCUUUCGCCUAAGCUAAACUUCAAUCUUACUCUCUUCCCUUUUUUUCAGGAUAUAUAUUCAAAUAUUCAUCUCAUCCUCCAAAAUCAAAAUUCCAAAUCAAAUCCAACAAACAAACAAACACUUACAAUGCCCGAACCGCGACCCGCUCUGAAACCCGCCGGAAACGUGCCCAAACACGAGAACCAGAACCACGUAAAGACUCCACAGCGCUUGAGAAACCUGGCACCACAAAUUCCAAAUGUCGUUGCGCAAAGCACCGUGUCUUUGGACAGCACGUGUUCCUCGGAUUCGUGUUCAAGCAACUCACCGACCAAAACGGUGAAUCCCUCAACUGCAAGCAGAAGAAGCGUUAACCGUAACGGGUUUAAGCCGGUUAGGGUUGUGCCCGACGCCGUGGACGUAGCCACUACUGUGUCUCCGCCUCCCAAGAGAUGUGAAUGGAUCACUCAACAUUCUGACCCCCUUUACACUGCUUUCCAUGAUGAAGAAUGGGGUGUUCCAGUUAACAAUGAUAGAAAGCUCUUUGAGCUUCUGGUAUUUUCACAAGCAUUGGCAGAACAUCGUUGGCCAAUAAUUCUUAACCAGAGAGACAUAUUCAGGAAUCUUUUUGAAAAUUUUGACCCAUCAUCAGUUGCACAGUUUACUGAAAAGAAAUUGCUAACACUCAAAAUAAACGACAGCUCAUUGUUAUCAGAGCCAAAGCUCCGUGCCAUUGUGGAAAAUGCGAAACAAUUACUUAAGGUUCAGCAGGAGUUUGGCUCGUUCAGCAAUUACUGCUGGAGAUUUGUUAACCACAAACCGAUAAGAAAUGAAUUCAGAUAUGGACGUCAAGUACCAGUGAAGACUCCAAAAGCAGAAGUCAUAAGCAAGGACAUGAUGCGUAGAGGUUUUCAGUGUGUGGGACCGACUGUGAUUUAUUCGUUCAUGCAAGUAGCAGGACUUGUUAAUGACCAUCUCUUGACAUGUUUCAGGAACCAAGAAUGCAAUGUCACAACCAAAAAGGAAUUUAAAACCGAGGUUAAGAAGAAUAAGGUACAAAAUAAAACUUCGGAGCUGACAUAAACAAAAUCACUGAAGACAUGGACCAUUUUUUUCUUGUAAUUGUAUUGUACGCUAAUCUGUCUGUAUCACCUAAUCUAACCAGAAAAUAAUAGGCCCCAUCUUGUUAUUGGUGUUCCCAUGUGAAGGUGCAUGCUUCUUUGACUACAUUUAGUUGAUAAGUUGUUGUUCUGUUCCGCUGUUCUGUGUAAUCAAUUUCCAACUCAGUAUUGUCACCAUGUAGAAUUCAUAAUGCAAUGCUCCCAUGUCCACUAUAUUUUCAUAUUCAUCGACAUUUUUUGAGUAAUAUCAUCAUUUAUAACCUAAUCGAUAAUAAGGGAGGAUUGUUAGAAACUCCCAUCUCAGGGGGGCUUUUGCACUGGUCCUUCGUCUGCGUCCUUGCCUUGCCUGUCAUGGGGUUCCUCGGGCAAUUUUCUGACUUAUCCUCAUUCACUUCACAAACCGAUAUUAUGUUUGGAAAUGAACUAGUUUGAGAAAAUAUAUUUUUUCAAGAUACUUCAAUUUUGAUAAUCUCCAUAAUAAUAAGUACGAAAUCUGUGAAGUGGUUAAUGGUCACCUAUCUUAGAAGUUGGGUUCUGUGUUUCUGACAGACUAGAAUCAGAUUGGAAUCAAGUCCAUCAAAGAAGACAAUCUGAUUGCAUUGUUUUUGCUAAACAUGGAUUUCUGACCAUUUUAAUUGUUCUAGGAAGAAACUGCGCCAAAGUAACUAUGCAAACACCGUAUGUUUGGAUAGAUAG